AUGAUUGUACCUACAAACGAAGAGGGUCUUUUAUCACCAUCCUCAUCAACUUUACCAUCACUUAGCAAAACAAGCUCACCUAAUAAGUCAAUCCUUUUAUCCAAAUCAUCAUCGGAUGCAAUUAUAACAGUGAGCAGCAAAGAUACUGGAAUGACGAGUGUGGAAGGGAACAAACUGUUGCAGCUUCCUUCGGAACAAAACGAUAAAGAGAUUUCUAUUGACAAUGUCACAUUGAAAACAACUCAUACAUCUAUUACCACCAACACCCCCCGUUUACAUGAUACAGAUGCUAUACCUUCGUCUAACUUACAGCUUCCAACAACCCUCAGUCAUUCUGAAAUUUUGCAGUCGACCAUAAAACCAUUAUCCGAUGACAAUGAUAACUUUAAAGUGAGUGUAGCAAUGGAUGAGCCAAAAGAGCAUACAGACGAUCGGUCCUCUACAAGGUCGAGUACUUCAAGCACGCAAAAUAUUGGGUUUUCACAUUUGGAAAUUUCUGACAGCAUUCAUAGGCUUCAUUCGUAUCGUAUACUAGCCGAUCCAAAUUUCAACAAUAAAAGUACAAAGUCAAUAGGCCCCACCUCUAUAAGUUCUAAUGUUGGUCUGGUUUCUAAAUCAGACUGCAAUACUUGUCCAAUACCCUUACCACAUUCAGAUCCUUUACCUGUUGAUCUAGAGAUGACUUGCAGCCACCUAAAAGUCAAAAACAAUACAUUUCCAAGAUCUGCUGCUGAUAAUCAACUUAUUCAAUUAGAAGCUGCGAAUCAAGAGCGGAACAACAGCAAAUCAUAUCAUAAUCACCAUAGUCAUAAGGAAAGAUCGAAGUUUCAAAGUAUUAGUACUAUUAGGAUUCCUGAUAACUAUCAAAAGACUGAACUAGCAUUGACUAAAGCAGAUAAUGGGCUUCCCCAAGGCUUCAGCUCGGAUCCACGAAAGAAACAGCGUGCCUCUAAAACACAAUCUUUGAUUCAUGCUUCCAGGAAGAAAGUUAAACUGAAGGCGGACGAUCUAUACAAUAUUCCCGGACAAAGCAUAUCAGAAGACCAUGGAAGUUAUGCUAUUGUAUAUGAUUUGGUAACGGGAAUUAGAUUUUCAGUUUCUAGGUGUACUAAAAUACAAGAUCAAAUUACAGACCAAAAUUUCAAUGAGGUGGUUAGAAUGAUAUUCAAUAGGGAAGGUAAUAACCAAGCGCCUCCCACCAAAUAUGAAUUCAAAUUUAAAGAUUAUGCUCCUGAAGUUUUCAGAGAUCUACGGCGUAUGUUCAAUGUUAACCAAGCUGAUUAUUUGAUGUCAUUGAAUGACGAAAUUGGUAUAAGAGCGGUAGGAUCGUCAGGAAAGAGUGGGUCAUCAUUUUAUUAUUCUAAUGAUAGGAAAUUCAUCAUCAAAACCAUUCACAGGUCUGAGCACAGACAUCUCAGAAGGGUUUUGAAAGAUUAUUACUAUUAUGUGAAAAAGAACCCCAACACACUUUUAUGCCAAUUUUAUGGGUUGCAUAGACUCAAAAUGUCAACAAGAACUGGUACCGUGAAAGUUCACGUGUUAGUAAUGAAUAACUUGUUACCCCUCACUGUUAAUAUUUCCGAAUGCUAUGACCUAAAAGGUUCUACCCAAGGACGUUAUACUAGCAAAGAGAAACAACAGAAAGGUUCAUGUCAGAAAGAUUUAAAUUUCUUGGAAAAUCACGUAAAAAUACAUUUAUCUUCUGAAAAGAGAGUUAAGUUUGAAACACAAUUAAAGCAGGACGUUGCUCUUUUGAAAAGAUUGAAUAUAAUGGAUUACUCUUUACUUUUAGGAUUGCGUCAUAUCAACAAAAAUAACAACGAAGUCUUAGAUGAAGAGUUCAAAAGGGUAUCCCAGAUUGUACAUAAAGAGGUACCCGGCGCCCAUAAAAGCACAAUUACUGAUACGGAUGGAGGCAUCCUUGCAGUUGAUCCAAAUGGAAAUGACAUGGAUCUCAUUUACUACGUUGGUAUUAUCGAUUGCCUGACCAAUUACAGCACUCUUAAAAAAUUGGAGACCUUUUUUAGAACACUUAAACAUAGACGUGAAUCAAUAAGUGCAAUCCCCCCAAUUGAGUAUGGUGAUAGGUUUUUAAGGUUUAUUACCAGCAACAUUGAAUCGCCUGGUAUCAUGGUGCCACCAAAACAUCAUCAAGGCAGAUUCAGAGCAUUUAAAAGAAUUACGGCGCAUGGUCAUACUGCAUAA